CAUAAUAUAAGACCGCUAGUGUUAUUUUGAAACUAGAUUCGGAUGCUUCAAUUUCUAUAGAAAUCAUAAAAACAUGUGGAACCUCAUUUCUAGUUUGUUGUUUGCCACCCUUUGUUUUUACCAAGCAUUGCCAAUACAGUCUAAAUGUGUGGAUUUAAAAGAUCUGAGUGGCAACAUAACCGAAAUUUACUCCGGUCCCAAAAAUAUCAAAUACAACAAAUGUUGGAACAUUUUAAAUCCUGAGAAUAACUCGUUGGAAAUUGAGCUGAAGCACCUGGAUUUUGAAAAAAGGUCUUGUGAUUACGUUUGCCUAACCAUCUUAGUCAACAAAACAGGAGAAAAAGUGAAAUGGUGUGAAAACAGUCAGAGGAAAAAAAUAGCUGUCUACUCUAAAGUCUCUAUCAAUUUCUAUGCAGAUUAUGGCGAGCUUACUCCAAAUAGUCGGAAGAAUUUUGAAAUACACUAUAAAAUUGAUACUAGUACGAAAGGAAUUGAGGGUGUGAAAGAUGCCUUGAAACAAACUGUUAAUUGGUCGAUAAGUAACUCUACUUCGUGGAAAUGGAUUGAUCACAUCCCGAAAGUUAUCACAGCCCUUGCCCUAUCAGAAGGCGCUAAAUUUGACGGUAAAAAUCGCGAAGAGCUGCUUAUGGUGAAACAAAGGGAACUUCGAAUUUCAAUUGCUUUGCUGCGUGAUACUAUUUCAAGUGAGCAGCUAAGCAUCUUCAUAAACUCCAUUCUCUCUACCUGUCAUAAUCCUCGCAAUUUUUACGGAUAUAAUUUGGUGGAACUUCUAAAAGAACAAAUAGCAUCUGAGAAUUUCACGCAUCCGGUAUCCUACUUGGCACUUUGCAACGCUAAUGAAACAUGGCCGGUAGAAGCAUAUGAAAAUCUCUUAAAAAUAUACAAAAGCAAAUCCAGAUUGCCCAUCAACAGAGAUUACCAAGCAUUUGCCGUGAUGGCUCUUUCUUGCGAACUUCGACUAGGUGGUAGCGAUUCAAUUCCAAACGGAAUAGAGCUUUCAAGAGCUUAUAAAGAAACCGUUCUUAGGUUGAUGAGUCUACAAAGUGAACGUGGUAGUUUUGGAAAUGUCCAGAGAACAGCUGUUAUGACUCAGGCGUUAUUGUCAAGCGUCGCCAUCAAUGGUUUCGAUGAUGGCUGGGAUCACAUGAAAGCUUUUCGAUUUCUCUUAAAAUCCAUGAAAGUUCCACCAACUGACGUUCUGUCGACAUACUUGAUCCUUCCACUGCUGAACGACAAAACCCUGGUCGACAUUGCUUUCACCAAUUGCUCAGCAUCAAGAGACCAAGAUGAUCUUGUGGCGGAGGUACAUGAUUACUUGGGACCGAAGAUUCAAGUCCAGUACUCAUUGUUUAUAGGAGGCAACAAAGAUGUGAUUCACACAAUAAUACUCAAAGUACCAAAAUACUUCACAGCGUUUGAUGUGAUGAAGUUUGCUGCACUCAAAGACAAAAAAUACAAAUUUAAAUACGAAACAGUAUCUGGAGAAUUGGAUAUUUAUGAACUGGCCGACAUUCAAAAUAAUCCGGAGGAUGGAAAGUUUUGGUUAUUUUAUAAGAAAAAAGCAGCAGCAGGAAAUGCUUUUGAGCAAGAGGAAGAAGGGCCAGAAAAAAUAACUCUAUCCGAAGGUGAUCACAUUGCCAUGUGGUACAAGAGAUAUUCCAUGAACUAAUAUUGAUGAAUAUAUGUAACGUUUUGUCGAUAUAAUCGAAGAAAAUAUCUGUUAUCUGUUCCAAGAAAGUAUCACUUUCAACAAUGUGAUCAGUGCUUUAAAUAAAUAUUUUUUCCCACA